UGAUUAUGGUGAUGUGCCAACAAUACCGAAUCAAUAACUAGGACAUUUUAUGGCCGAUCUAUAAAUAAAUACAGUUCACAGUUUCGAAAUAUCAGUGAUAAAAUCAGUUGAAGUAAUCAUUUUAUUUGGAUGUUUGUUAAAUAUAAUUAGCCGUAAAUGGAUGAACGCUGGGCAAUCAGAAGCCCUCCACCCAGUUAUGACGAAACCAGUGACGUCGAGAUGGUAAAGGACACUGACAAACGAACAAUCUACGUUGGUCAACCACAGAACAUGUUCUACAAUGGUGCUCGAUUUGAUGGUGUAUCCAGAAUGAAAAUACAUCCCCCUCCACCGGGAUGUGAACCGAAUGAAUACCAAUCAAUGUUGAUGAAAAAAGAUGGGGAAAUAUGGUUUAAGCCAGCACCGCAGCGACAGAAUGGAACCAGCAAAUCUAAAAAUAAAGUUACUCCUAAUUCAACUGUUGUGGCAAAUAUUGACAUGGCGUAAGACUAACAUUGUCAAAUUGCGCGUAUCCAACCAAAGAAAACUUGAAAUUACAUGUAUUUUAUCAGUACUGUGAAACAGUAUUGUACGCGUUUGUCUAAACGACAGAUUGUGUGUAUUCGAAUCAAUAUUUAACAUAAGUCAUCAAAUGAAUGUGUCUGUCCUAAAAUGUGCAUCUGUCCUAAACAUUGUGACAAAUUGUGCAUACGUCCUAAACGUUGCGACAAAUUGUGCGUAUCCGUCCUAAACAUUGUGACAAAUUGUGUGUAUCUGUCCUAAACAUUGUGACAAAUUGUGUGUAUCCGUCCUAAACAUUGUGACAAAUUGUGUAUCCGUCCUAAACAUUGUGACAAAUUGUAUGUAUCCGUCCUAAGCAUUCAAUAAAGUGUGUGUAUCCGUCCUAACCUUUGUGACAAAUUGCAUGUAUCAAUCCGAAGCAUUGACAAAUUGUGUAUCCGUCUAAUGUAUUGUGACAAAUUGCAUGUAUCCAUCCUAAAGAUUGUGACAAAUUGUGCAUACGUCUUAAGCAUUGUGGCAAAUUGUGUAUACAUCCUAAGCAUUGUGACAAAUUGCAUAAUUCCGUCCAAAACAGUGUGACAUCCGUCCUAAGUAUGGUUGCAAGUUGUAUAUUCGUCCAAAGCGGUGAAAUCUUGUGUAUCAAAAAUAAGAAUAGUGACAAAUAGUGUCAUUAUCUUAAAUAUAGUGAUAAAUUGUGCAUCAUUAACAUGAUCAUAAAUUUUCAUGUGGUCUUCAUAAGCACGUGACAAAUUGUCUAUUUGUCCUUAGCUAAGUGGCAAAGCAUGUGUCCUUGCAGAGCAGGUGUCCAUCAUAAACAGAACAGAAAAAUUGUGGCAAAUUAUGUGUAGUCAAACCAACUACAUUUUUUUUGUAUUGUAUUAUCAAAUUGCUUGUAUUCGCAUUGUCAUUCAAAAUAUGAAAAAAUAACAUACAUUUUUUUAAAUAAUAUUUUAUUGUCAUAAACGAUGUUCAUAAACAAUUGUAUUUAGAAAUAGCAAAGCACAUAUUAAUUCCAUGUAUGGAACCAUAUCUUAAAAUCAAUUGAAAAUAAAUGUUGUUAACAAGUGAUAAUAUCUGUACACAUUACAUAAAAUGAUUUGUUGACCACACAUACAUUGUCAUUCCACCCACAUACAUUGUCAUUCCAUCCACACAUUAUGUACAAAAAACAUUAUCUUGUUUAAUUUUAUAUAUAACUACUGGUGCAAUUUAUCAGUGUUUUAUCACAUGUACUCGUCUAUUUAUCUUUUAUUCCAUUUCACUAUAACAUAAUUACUAUGCUAGGUAUUGCUAUCUACAUGGAAUAAGGAUGGAAUUAUUACCAUCCCUAAUUUGUAAAACGUUUAUAAAUUUUCUCAGAUAUAAUAAGAUUAAAUGUAAAUCUGGUUUAAAUGGUAGUCAAGAUUUCACUGAGAAUAGUUAUUCUAAAUACAGUCACUUUAACACAACCUGAAAGACUAUUUACAUGUAAAAUUACUUGAAAUUUUGAUGUUAAUGAACAACAAUGUUGUCGUUUGCUUUUUUGGCCU